CGGGCCGCUUAUAGGCACCAUCCAAAAUGAAGUGGUUAGUGCUCCUAGCUGGACUAGCUGUGGUGCUAGGCGCUGUGCCUAGAAAGCCAACCGCUCGCGAUUUUGAAUUGGAAGAAACUGACACUGGCUUCAAUGUCAUUGCCAUCACAGAUUCGAAACGCCUCCUUCUUGGUCAAAUCGGACGUAAAGCAAAUCAUAAUGAGGAUGAUGUUACCUUCGAAAUCACUGAAGGCCGCGACGAAGCUAGCGGCGGAUACAGAGUAACCAUCUCUUGGCAAGGGCCCAGCGACAAAAUCUUCGAAGAUUGUUAUGACUUUGGCACUAAGCAAUGGUACGGAGGUCCGGAACAAAAAGAACAAUACUGGCCGAUUCAGAAAUCUAAACUGCAGAAAUACUCUAUAAUAUCUAAAGAAGAUGAUAAUUCUGCUGUAUCUGAAAGGUACUGGGUCAACUCAGCGGGCUGGUACAUUUACAUUCAACCGGAAGCACCCCUUUUCGUAGAUCAUCACAAUAUUCUCGAUAACCACAUUUGCUUCGUAGCUGAAGUUACAGCGCCCUACUCAAUGAGACGUACGCAGAAUGUUCUCAAAUACGACCUCUGGUUCUUUGAUGACGCUAAAGAAGCACACCAACACGCUGUCGACACUUACCUUGGCAAACCAUCCGAUAUUCCUGACUACAGAAUGAUUCAAUAUCCAGUAUGGUCAACUUGGGCGAGAUACUCCAGAGAAAUCGACCAAAACAGUCUAUGGGAAUUCGCAAACGAAAUCAACGACAGUGGAUUCCCAAAUGCUCAGUUCGAAAUCGAUGAUCUUUGGGAAAUUUGCUACGGUUCUCUAACCGUUGAUGAAAGGAAAUUGCCUGACUUUAAAAAACUGAUUCAAGAUAUUAAAGGCCUUGGAUUCAGGGUGACUAUUUGGGUCCAUCCCUUCAUUAACAAGGACUGCGAUCCUUGGUAUUCUGAUGCGUUAGAAAAAGGUUACUUAGUACUAAACGAAGAAGGUAGCCCGGACACGUCAUGGUGGAACAAUAAUGGCUCAGUUCCCGGAUACAUCGAUUUCACCAACCCUGAAGCUGCUGAAUGGUACAGCACCAGAGUACAAGAUCUGAUCGACACUUAUGAUAUUGAUAGCUUGAAGUUCGAUGCUGGAGAAUCUAGCUGGUCACCUCAGAUCCCAGUUCAAAAUGGAGACAUUGAUUUACACCCUGGAAACAUUGUUCAGGCUUACGUGAGGACCGUCGCCAAGUUUGGUCCUAUGAUCGAAGUCAGAUCUGGAAUGAGGACUCAAGAUCUACCAGUCUUCAUCCGCAUGGUUGACAAAGAUACUCUAUGGGACUUCAACAACGGCCUCGCGACCCUGGUCACCACCCUCCUGCAGAUGAACCUUAACGGUUACACGUUGGUGCUACCCGACAUGAUCGGUGGUAAUGGAUACAACGCGAAACCAUCCAAGGAACUGUUUGUGAGAUGGCUCCAGGCUAAUGUAUUCAUGCCGACUCUUCAAUAUUCCUUCGUCCCAUGGGAUCAUGAUGACGAGGCGGUGGAGAUAUGCCGUCGCUACACACAACUGCACGCGGAGUUCGCUGACGAGAUCGCAGCGGCCAUGCAGGAGUCUGUGCGCUCGGGCGCGCCCGUCAACCCGCCCAUCUGGUGGCUCGACCCCACCGACGAAGACGCACUCGCCGUAUGGGACGAGUUCCUCCUUGGAGAGCGUAUUCUCGCUGCUCCCGUUCUAGAAGAAGGCGCAGUGUCACGUGACAUCUAUCUACCACGUGGACAGUGGCGGGACGGAGUAUCUAAUGAAAUGAUCGAGGGCCCCGUUUGGCUCAGAGAUUACCCAGCACCGCUUGACACUCUGCCCUACUUCACUCUUGAAGACUAAAAUAUGUAGACACAAAAUCUACAGACCAUAUAACCACUUCAACUCACAACCACGUGGCUGAAAGAA